GGUCAUGGAAGGGUCACUGGAAGGGUCAUGGAAGGGUCACUGGAAGGGUCAUGGAAGGGUCACUGGAAGGGUCAUGGAAGGGUCACUGGAAGUAAUGUCAAUAGUGUCACUGGAACUUUUAUUUUGUAA